GCGAUGCCAUUGAACUUCAUAUUCUCCAUCUCAAAAUUCCGAAUCUACGGUUUUCGACGCAAUGUCCACCAAAGAAAUCGUCCUCAUCACCGGCGGUAAUCGAGGUAUCGGCUAUGGCGUCGCUCGAAAGCUAUCUAGAGAAUACUCCAAUUUUCACGUAAUCAUCGGCAGCCGUGAUGCCAACCAGGGUCGCGAGGCAGUCUCAUCUCUCCUCGCAGAAGAAGGCUUGUCCGGGUCAUCCAUCUCCAGCGUCGAGUUAGACGUCACCUCUGACGAAUCGAUAUCAGCGGCCAAAAAGACCAUUGAAGAACAACACGGCCGUUUGGACGUGCUUAUUAACAAUGCCGGUAUUGCGCUGGACGUCAAGGAGAAAGGAAAACUCCCCCUUCGGACGAUCAUGCAGCGUACCUACGAUGUCAAUGUUAUUGGGGCAGCCCUCGUUACGGAGAUAUUCGUCCCUCUGUUAGAGAAAUCCGCCAACCCGAGGAUAGUCUUCGUUUCAUCGGAGAUAGGAUCUCUCACAUCGGCUGCUGAUCCCAGUACUCCAUGGUUUAAAGAUCCGUUUCUGGCGUACAAGUCGAGUAAAUCGUCACUGAAUAUGGUGAUGCUGUGGUAUAAUGCUUUGUUAGCUGAAAAGGGGUUUAAGGUGAACGCUGCUUGUCCGGGAUACGUGGCCACGAAUUUGAAUUCGUUCCAUGGCACGGGAACUGUUGAGGAUGGGGCUGUGAAUAUUGUUCGAUUGGCUGUGUUGGGUAAAGAUGGAGAGACGGGGACUUUUUCGGCAAAGGAGGCUGUAUCUCGUCGCCUGAUCGAUAUCUCCAAUCUUGCAGUUCCUUUCAAUUCUUCGAAGUCUCUCUGUCGAUGCAGACCUAUGACUGGUAUGCCCCAUUUCACCAUCCACUCCAUCUUAAUUGCCUUUGUCGACAUAAUCCUCUCCGAAGGCUCAUAA